CUGCUGGGCGGCGCCGCGUGCUGCGCCUGCGGCGUGCCGGGCAGCUCCGCGCGGGACGAGGCCCAGGCGGCCAGCCCCACCGCGGGGCCAGCUGCGGACGAGGCCGAGGAGGACGUCUCGGGGCUGGUGACCUCUGCGACCAUCGCCGCGCUGGCCCCCACGCGCAGCUCCCGCGGCUCCCGCGAGGCGCCGCGGCGGGGCCCCGCGCGCAAGGUCUCGGACAGCUCCGACGAGCCCGCCGCGGCCGCGCCCCGGCGCGGCCCGCCGGACGACUCAGACUCCGACGGCGUGGCCGCGCGCAAGAGGUCGUCGGAGCCGGCGGAGGAGCCGGGCGCCGAG